CAGUAACCGAUCCACACAAUCAGGACACGAUUUCAGACUCCAGAGAGUGACUAACUCUUCAGAGAAACCAAUGAGACUCUGCCACAUAACUCUUCAGUCUUCUUCUUUAUUCAUUUUUCUAUCUUAAUAUGGUUUGCCAACCAUUGCUCUCUUUUUGUGACUAGUUAGUACAGUGCUGUCGUACUACUGGGAUGGAAACCUUGACCCUUCUUUCAAUUGGAUCUUCUCUCGCCAUUUUCUUUUGUUAAAAGCAGAAACCGAGGUUUCCACUUUCAAGUUCAACCCACCAAAUGACCUCUUCUUUUUCUGUUUCUUACGUUGUAUUUUCAAUUUGAAUCCACUCUCUCAUCUCUCUUUCUCUACUUUCCGCUUAGUGAUGGGCACGAUUGAAGGCAAAUGGGAUGAUGAUGAGUACUCAGUAAUUGGAGACAAAGGUGAAAUUGGAUUUAUUGAUUAUCAGGAUGACAAAUCUGUGUGUAGUUAUGAUCCAAUUGAAGAGGGUCCUAUUUUCAUUUCUGUUCCAUUCCCCUUUGAAAAUGGGAAACCUCAGUCAGUGGUUCUUGGAGAAACUGCUUCAGAUUCAAUCACUAUUAAGAACACCACCGAUGAAGCCGUUGAUUUGUGGGCUAAAAUUUAUGCCUCCAAUCCCAAUAAUUCUUUCACACUUUCCUUGAUGGAGCCUCCAUCAGCAAAUGGUGGGAACAGCAGCCGAGGUUUCCUAGAGUCUUUUAAUUUGGAAGACAGAAUGCUUCAGGCUGGUGACUCGUUAACCGUUUGGCUAAAUUGCAAACCACAGGAAAUUGGAUUGUAUACUACAGUUGUGUAUUUUGAUGUGGGAAGUGAUAGAAUUGAACGAGUGGUUUUUCUGUUGGCUGAAGAUAAGAUAUCUAGGUCUUUGGCAUCAAAAAAGCCAUAUUCAAGAACUAGAAGAACGAAGCAGUUUACUGUGGACACAUAUGUUGCAGGUUCACGACCUAUGAGGAAGGCAGGAUGGGCAUUGAAAAAUAGGCUUCCUCGUUAUGAUAUUCCUAUGGAAGUUAGAGAAUUGAUUGAGAGCAAGCAGACCCCUGAUGCUGUCACAGGAGGUCUAACAAGAGAGAAUUAUGCUUCUUAUUUUAAAACCUUGUUGAUCAUGGAAGAAAUACACAUGGAGGAAGACAUGAGAUCUUAUGACAUGGAGGGUGUCAGGAUGAGGAGGAUGGGGAACGUUCUGGCCCUCAUGGUCCCAGGGCUUGCUGAGCGGAGACCUUCACUUGUCUACGGAGAUUACAUCUUUGUCAAGCUUGCAAACGUGGAUAAAACAACCCAGCCAUAUCAGGGCUAUAUUCAUCGUGUUGAGGCUGAUGAAGUGUAUUUGAAAUUUGACCCACAAUUUCACACCUGCCAUUCAGAUGGGAAUCUGUAUGAUGUACACUUCACGUAUAAUCGAGUCAAUAUAAGAAGACAGUAUCAGGCAGUAGAUGCCGCUGAAAAUUUGGAAAUGGAGCUCUUAUUUCCAUCCGAAUGCUUUGGAAAUAGGCUUACUGAAACUGCACCUCUGGUGCCAAUAACUUGUAACCUUAAUGAAGAGCAAAUGUGUUCAAUAGAGAUGAUCCUUGGCUGCAAAAGAGCUCCACCCUAUAUAAUUUAUGGGCCUCCAGGUACUGGUAAAACUAUGACAAUAGUGGAAGCAAUUCUCCAGCUGUAUAAAAACCGAAAGGAUACACGGAUUCUUGUGUGCGCACCCUCGAAUAGUGCAGCAGAUCACUUGCUAGAGAAGCUUCUCCGUGAGAAGGCUGCUAACAUUCGACAGAAUGAAAUAUUCAGACUCAAUGCAACUUCCCGACCAUUCGGAGAUAUCAAGUCUGAUUAUAUUCGCUUUUGUUUCUUCGAUGAGCUUCUCUUCAAAUGUCCCCCCCUCAGCGCUCUCAGACGCUAUAGGAUCAUCAUAUCAACAUUUAUGAGUGCUUGUUAUCUCUAUGCAGAGGGUGUUGAACGAGGUCAUUUCUCUCAUAUUUUCCUGGAUGAGGCUGGCCAAGCUUCAGAGCCAGAAAGUAUGAUCCCUUUAUCCAACCUCUGUGGGAGGGAUACAGUUGUCGUUCUUGCUGGAGACCCCAAGCAGUUGGGUCCUGUAAUAUACUCGAGAGAUGCAGGGGAUCUGGGAUUACAGAAAUCAUACUUGGAGAGGCUUUUUGAAUGUGAAUGUUACUGCAAUGGAGAUGAAAAUUAUAUAACAAAACUGGUUAGGAACUACCGAUGUCACCCAGAAAUUCUAAAACUGCCUUCAGAACUCUUCUAUGAAGGGGAGUUGAUUGCGAGCAAAGAGUCUAAUGAUGAUACCAUUUCCUUGUUGUCUUCGGUAAAUCUGCUUCCGGGAAGGGAAUUUCCUGUCCUCUUUUUUGGUAUACAAGGGUGUGAUGAGAGGGAAGGAAAUAACCCAUCAUGGUUCAACCGAAUUGAAGCAAGCAAGGUGGUGGAGAUCAUAAACAAACUGAUUGCUGGGGGAAAUCUGAAUGAGGUUGAUAUUGGGGUCAUUACACCUUAUAGGCAGCAAGUGCUCAAACUAAAGAAGGCCUUUGAUGAUUUGGAUAUGCCUGACAUAAAAGUUGGCAGUGUUGAACAAUUUCAAGGUCAAGAAAGAAAAGUAAUUGUCAUUUCUACUGUCAGAUCAACAGUGAAACACAAUGACUUUGACAGAGCUCAUUGUUUGGGUUUUUUGAGCAAUCCAAAAAGGUUCAAUGUGGCUAUUACCCGUGCAAUGUCACUGCUUAUCUUAAUCGGGAAUCCGCAUAUUGUCAAUAAGGACCCACACUGGAGUAAGCUUUUAUGGUAUUGUGCAGACCACGAGUCUUAUCAGGGUUGUGGUCUCCCAGAAGGAGAAGAGUAUGUUGAAGAAUAUCAAAUACAGGAUGAUGGUGCCAACUAUGACUAUUAUAACGGAAACCCUCAGUCCACUGAAGAGCAUGGAUGGAAUCAAGACUACUGUCAAGCAGAAACUCCAAAGCCUGUCACGGAUGAAACUGAAUGGUCUGAUGGUUGGAAGUAAAAUUUGAUUAAAUCUUCGCGUACAUUAAAACAAUUUAUGUUUAAUUUUGUUUUUGAUUUUAGAUAAGAUGCUUCCCUUGUUUUUGAAGGUGGAAAAUCUGGUGGUAAAUGAGGAAGCAAUAGGAUCUGGUGAAAUUUAAGAGUUGUUUACCAAAUGAAAUAUUUUGACUUGCAGGAUGUAGUGGUCUGAUACCACUGUGAACACUAGAAAGAAAUGGAAUGUUGAUAUUGUAUCUA